UAUCGCCAAUCACCUGGCAGUCUCUAUCCGUCGCGAUUUCGAAAUCAGGCCUUGGCAGCACACAGCACCUGCCAGAGGCCGUCAUACCCGAUCGCUACUACCCCCAAUUUACUUGAAGAUGGCGGCAUCACAUACCUCAGCUCGGCGUCCGGGCUUUGAAUUCGCUACCACAUCCUUCCUCCUCGGAAACCUGCACUGUCCCACCUGCGUGUCCACCAUCCAGACCGUCAUAAAGGAGUCGUGCGCCGGCCAAAUUAGAUGGGUCUCGCCGAACGUCGUUACUUCAGUCGUGACUGUGGAACACAGUACAGACGCUUCUAUCAAGACAAUGCAGAAAGUCCUCGAGGAAAGCGGCUUUGAAGUAUGCGGUGUAACGACAUCCGCGGGCGGUGACUCGGAUCUCGUCGAGCUAGAACCUAUCUACGACCGGAGCAAUGGGGACGGUGUCGACGACGCAGCGCGGCCAACUUCCGCAUUUAGUCGAUGGAGAAGUUAUCCGAGAAAUGUCGCCAGGAGCCAGACGACUCGAUCCUCUCUGGCCCGGACGCACCUCCAGAACUGCGAGCAGUGUCGCAACUCGGUCGCCGGCCACGCAACCGAGAAGGCCUCCGAGACCACUUUGGUGUCGCAGCCUUCAAGUUCAUCCAUGUCGAACCGGACCGUCUCUUCGGGAGGACCCGUCAAGAAGUCAUCAAAGUCGUUCAUCACGGUAGAGACUGACGAUGCUUCAGUCUCGCUUCCAACCUGGCGGGCAGCGGUUGCCAUCGGAGGCAUGACAUGUGCCGCCUGCGCCAACACCGUCACCGAGGAACUGAACAAACGAGACUGGAUCUCGAAGGUGGCCGUAAAUUUGGUCACCAACAGCGCCACGGUUGAACUCAACGACAAACAAAAGGUGGGCGACCUUGUCGAGGCCAUUGAGGACCUGGGCUUCGAGGCGACGCUAGACAGUGUCGUCAGUGUCAGCCAGGAGAACGCCGUAGCACGGGAGAAUCAGGAUUCGUGGCGGGCGACCCUUGCGAUUGGAGGCAUGACCUGCGCUUCUUGUGUCAACACCAUUAACGAGGAGCUCAAGAAGAAGGAUUGGAUUUCCGACUUUGCCAUCAAUCUAGUCUCAAACAGCGCCACCGUCGAAUUCCGCGAUAAGAAGAAUGUCGCCCGGCUUGUCGAGACCAUUGAGGAUCUUGGCUACGAAGCAACAAUCGACACUGUCGUUAGUGCGGCUCCACAAAGCAGCCAGGACCACGAGAGGACGGUCGAGAUCCUCCUCGAAGGCCUCUAUUGCGAACACUGCCCUGCCAGGGUGGCAAACAGCCUUGUCGGCUUCCGAAGGCAGCUCGAAGUCCUCCAUCAACCGACUCUCCCGAGGCCCAUCAUCAAGGUCUCUUACACUCCGGACGCUCCCAGGUUCACGGUCAGGCAGAUCCUGGCCGCCAUUGAGGCCAGUGACCCGGCGUUGAAAGCUUCCAUCUACCAUCCACCUACACUGGAAGAGCGGUCCAAACAAAUCCAGCGAAAACACCAAAGGGCGCUUCUCUACCGCGUCAUCUUCACCGGCAUUACCUGUAUACCGACCUUCAUCCUCGGCAUCGUCUACAUGAGCCUCCUGCCUUCCAGCAACAGAUCGAAAGAGUUCCUCAUGAAGCCGUGGACUUCCGGCAUCAGUCGUGCUCAAAUGGCCUUGCUCAUCAUGGCUACCCCGGUAUACUUCUUCGCCGCAGAUGUCUUCCACGUGAGAGCAUUCAAGGAAAUCAAGAACCUAUGGCGCCGUGGCAGCCGAGUCCCGAUUUUGCGGCGAUUUUACAGAUUCGGAAGCAUGAACACCCUCAUGUCCCUGGGCACGACCAUCGCGUACAUCUCAUCCGUCAGCCAAAUCAUAGCAGCAGCCGUCUAUCAGCCCGACGAGGUCAACGACUCCAAUUUCUACUUCGACUCUGUCGUCUUCUUGACCUUCUUCCUCCUCGUAGGGAGACUGAUUGAGAGCUACAGUAAAUCAAAGACCGGAGAUGCUGUCGAAAUGCUUGGGAAGCUCCGGCCCACUACAGCAAUCCUCGUCGAGCGUCAUGGGUCCGAGAAGGAGCGCGACUCGGUCGUCAAGGUCGACAUGCUUGAUUUUGGCGAUAUUGUCCGCAUCACCCAUGGCGGCUCCCCACCAGCAGACGGAACCGUCGUGCGCGGUGAGAGCAACUUCGACGAGUCAAGCUUGACCGGCGAGUCUCGGCUGGUCAAGAAAGCCCCUGGGGACGAGGUAUUUGCGGGGACUGUCAACAAGGGUUCGCCGCUCCUGAUACAGAUCACGGGCGCGGCGGGCCAAUCAAUGCUGGAUCAGAUUGUCAAGGUCGUCCGCGAGGGUCAGACAAAACGUGCUCCCAUGGAGCGGGUCGCUGAUCUUCUGACCACGUACUUUGUUCCUGUCGUUACCCUGGUCGCCAUUCUCACGUGGAUCCUCUGGAUGUCGCUCGGGUUCGGAAAGGUGAUCCCGUCACAUUUUCUGGACGUUACCUCGGGCGGUUGGGUGGCCUUCUCGCUGCAGUUCGCAAUCUCGGUUUUCGUUGUGGCAUGUCCCUGUGGCCUUGCACUCGCAGCCCCGACAGCUAUCUUUGUGGGCGGUGGUAUGGCCGCCAAAUACGGGAUACUCGCGAAGGGAGGCGGCGAAGCUUUCGAGAAGGCCAGUCACAUUGACUGCGUCGUAUUCGACAAGACUGGAACCCUGACGGAAGGCGGCGAGCCCUCUAUCACCGACUCUGAUGUUUGCCCGGACUCGGACGGCGUGCCCGAGAAGAAGCGGGCCGGCGUCCUGGCGGCUCUUAGAGCCGUCGAGGAGAAUAGCAGCCACCCGAUAGCAAAGGCAAUCGUGUCCUUCUGCACCUCCCAGACUGCAGAUAGGGCUGAAGCGGAGGAUAUGCACGAGAUUCCGGGCAAGGGAAUGAAGGCCGCUUUCCGUGGAGUCCUCGAAGAGCCGUUUGAGCUCAUCGUGGGCAAUGAGGCACUGAUGCAGGACUAUGAUGUGGCAAUAUCUCCCAAAGUCGCCGAGGCCUUGCAGAAGUGGAAGACAGAAGCAAAGUCGGUUGCUCUGGUGGCGACGAGACUCAUCACAGCCUCGGACACGGAAGAGGAGGAGGUCUGGACCUUAGCUGCCAUUCUCUCCAUCUCGGACCCAAUCCGCCCCGAAGCACCCGCUGUUAUCCGCGCCCUCCAGGGCCGUGGCACCCGUGUUUGGAUGCUGUCGGGCGACAACCCCACGACAGCUGCGGCCGUGGGGAAGCAGCUUGGCAUCCCGUUGGACCAGAUUAUUGCAGGCGUGCUACCGACCGAAAAAGCGGCCAAGAUCACAUACCUCCAGUCAACGCUCAAAGCACGAGAGGGAGGGAAUGCCGAGUCGGUAACGCAGCGGGCCAUGGUGGCCAUGGUCGGCGAUGGCAUCAACGACAGUCCGGCCCUCGCCACCGCAGACGUCGGCAUUGCCAUCGGGUCGGGAUCCGACGUGGCCAUCUCGAGCGCGGAUUUCGUGCUCGUCAAGUCGGACCUGAAGUCCGUCGUCACCCUGCUGGACUUGUCGUCCACCGUGUUCCGGCGCAUCAAGUUCAACUUCGGCUGGGCGCUGAUCUACAACAUCCUCGCUGUCCCUGUCGCCGCAGGGGCGCUAUACCCUAUCGUGAGCAAUGGGAAGCAUGUUCGGCUUGACCCAGUCUGGGCUAGCUUGGCCAUGGCAUUGAGUAGUAUUAGUGUGGUGAUGAGCUCGUUGGCCUUAAGAUCUGGUUGGCCAAUUCUGGGAUUCAGGGAACGAAAGGUGGACUGAGUGGCGGGUAGCUGAGGGUUCCUUUGUUGAUGGUUAC